ACUUUAGGUUUUCCCAUUCACAAAGAUCAGAGUGGAAAGCACGCAGAGGAAGAAGACGCAGUGUGAAUAAUGCUUGAAUCACAGUUUCACAUACUGGGGGGAAAGAGGCUGGACGACAUCUCGGACACGUGGAAAAGGAACUAAUCUGCCGAUGAGCCAAAACACCAAGAAUUAGUUAGUAAUAUCCUGCUGUCCGGUAUAUUUCAUGGAUCUGACCGCCUUGGGUCAUGAAGUAGUUUUUCUGCUACUGUAAGUGUGAGAAAUCGCGGAGGUGGAAAGAUGCAGGAGGACCAUGUGUAUGACUAUCCAGAUGCCCAUCCGGUAGGAGAGAAGAGGAUGUGUCCUCAGCGAGGCUCCUUGAAGAGCAUCAGCGUGCUGGACCGCCUGCUGCUGACGUAUCCAGUAUGGCUGCAGUUGUCCAUCAACUCAGCCACAGCACUUCAUAUCCUACAGCGUGAACCCCCAGGGACCUUCCUGGUGCGAAAGUCCAGUACAUCCCAGAAGAAAAUGCUGUGUGUCAGGCUAGCAGAUGACAGUGUGCCAUCUUUUGUCAAACAGUUUGUCAUCCGGGAGAAGGACUCGACCUUCUCUCUGGAGAGCUCCGCUAUCAGCUUCCCAGAUCUUUGUAGACUCAUUGCCUUCUACUGUGUCAGCCGGGAUGUUCUUCCCUUCACUUUGGAGUUGCCAGAGGCCAUAGCCAAAGCUUCAUCCCACAAGCAGUUGGAAUCCAUCUCUCAUAUGGGUGUGGAGUUCUGGAGUUCUCAGUUAAACUUUCGUGGGCCUCGAAAUGGUCCUCCACCAGUACUUGAUGCACCUGUGGUCACCAAUCCUAAGCCUCAACACUCCACCACAUCUACUACCAGUGAAACUACCAGCGCAACGCUGUUUCAGGAGUUCUGCCCAAUUCACACCCGAAGUCCUUCUGAACUCGAUUUGGGAGCAGGGCAGGGAGCUUUAUGCUUCAUCAACCCACUAUUCCUACAAGAGCAUCCCAUUCGUGGUGCCAUGCACAAGCGGCAUCACUUCAAACGCAGCAUAAAGGUUCGCGUCUCCACCGAAAACUCCAGUUCACUCUCACCACCUGUCACCCCACCACCACCUCCACCACUGCUUGCAAAAGCGAAGGGUAAAGGAAAGAAGGUGCAGCAAACUGAAGUGGCUCAGACCAGUGAGGUGGAUAAGAACAAUGUUGAAGUUGUUGAGGCAGAUUCAGAUUAUCUCCACCCUUGUCUUGUUCUACCAAAGAAAAAAUCUGCAGUAAUCAUUCCCAUCCUCUCUCCUACAGUGGAGGAGGACUACCAGUUGCCCAAAGCACUUCUGCAGGCACAAAGAAAAACCACAGCAGAGAGUGAAGAGGACAAUGAGGACGAAGACAUCGGACUAAUGCUUGAGAAAAGAAAGGCGCCAUCCCUCACGGAACUGGACAGCAGCAGCUCAAUUAGCAGCCUUGAUGAGACUGAGGAGAGUCCUCAGAGGCCUUCGCUCACACGAGGCACCAGUAACCCCAUCAUCUCCUCUCCUCAGCCAACCCACCAGUCUGUUUCAGCACUACGAAAGAUGAGUGCUGCCUUUGUGUCCUUCUUUGUGCCUGGGAAGAGAGUCGUACGUCUGGUGGAAGACCUCUCUCAUGACAGGCGUAUGACAUUCGGGGCUUUGAUACAGGAUUUCUUGAGGGAGCAACGGGAAGCGCUGAAGCUACCGUGCCUGACAACCGCUGUGGAGCUGUUGCAGGGUUUGCGUCUCUUUAUAAACCAGGCAAAGGUGUUCCUGUUGGAGUGUGGAGAGCUUGAGCCCCCCAUUGAGACCCUAGUGCCUGAGGAUGAGAAAGAUCAAACACUGGAAAAAGCUCUGUUCCGCUGUGUACUAAAACCUCUGAAAGGGCAGAUUGAUACAGCUCUCUAUAAUAUGCAUGAACAUGAUGGAUCCUUUAAGAGGCUGGCAGAAAGUAUGAAGAGAGCCGGAGAUGCUUCACCAAGAGACCUUUUUGGAGUGCAGGUGGCUGUGCCUGAUGCUCAUGGCAUUGAGAAGAUAAAGCAAAAGAUGUCUCUCAUGAGACGCGCCUAUUCACCCAUUGACAAAGUAGUUUUGCUUCUGCAGAUCUGUAAGCUCAUCUAUAAAGCCAUGAAGACCAAUUCAGGGCAGGAAUUUGGAGCUGAUGACUUCCUUCCAGCUCUUUCCUAUGUGAUAGUGCAGUGCAAUAUGCCUGAGCUUUGUCUAGAAGUGGAGUACAUGAUGGAGCUGCUGGAAACCUCUUGGCUCACAGGAGAGGGUGGAUACUAUCUGACCAGCAUUUAUGCCAGCCUUAGCUAUAUACAGAGUGAGCCAGAUGCUGGGCCUUCCAGUGGACUUACCCACCAAGUCAAGGAAUCCCUUAAGGAGUGGAGCCACCGUCGUAGCACAGAGUCCAAGAGCCAGAGUGACAUAAAACAGAGAUUUGUAAAGGUGCUGUUCCAAGAUGGAGAGUGCAGUUUGGUGAAGACGUUACAAUGGAAAGCAGGAUUCGGUGGAGAAGUUUUGGCACAACUCUGCGCUAUGAAAUUCGGAGUGGAACAGCCGGACGAAUACGGCCUGUACUGGAGAAGUAGUGGAAAGCUAAUACCAGUUCCUCUGGAUGCUCAGAUUGAGGACCUGCAGAAUGUGGGUACCAGCAGUGCUCCACUCAUUUACCAGCACGCCAAUCAGGAUAUAAAAUCCAGCAGGCUGACUAGAGGGGGAGCGUUGGACCUUUCAGGGGAAGCCUCACCUAGUGACACCUAGUGAAAGGACAGCUGACAAACCAUGAGGGGAAAUGCAUUGAGAUUUUAAAUAACUGGUUAACAACUGAGUACAGUUGCUCAAUCUUCUGAAAAGUUUUUAUUAAUUUAUCUUUAGAUAAGUAAAUACUAAAAGUUUACAUAGUUGUAUUUUAUUUAUAUUUUGUGCCGAAUGGUUUUGUGCUUAAUUCAUAUGGAUUUGACAGACAUUUGUGUAGAUUCUACAAAAUGGGAUAUAAUUAUUUAAUAUUUCUGUAAUAUUAUUAAGACCAUGAUGGUUCUACUUACUCUCUACAUGGUAUAGUCCAUAACAGUUCACAUGCUUUGCCUCGUAAGUCCCUCUGCACUUCACAUUUAAGUGUUUAAACUACCAACACCAUAACCUGCUCCAAUCAUCAUAUAAAAUCUUUCAGUUUUCAGACUUAAAGUGAAUUAUGCAGUACAGGAGCAGGACCGGGAAAAAACUAUCCUGUUUAUUAAACGCUGGUGUUCAAAUGAAUCGACAUAAAUAGACUUAAAUAUUUGCUAAGGUUUGCAGUUUAUAGUGAGAACGACUUGAAUUGUGAUACUGUGCAAAUCAAUGUCUUUAAGAAGUCAAUAAACUACAAAAACUGUAGUUUCUCUUUUU